CGUGCUUCACCUUUAUCGGACGACGGUGAAAUAUUUUCCCAAAUUUCAUCUAUGGAUCAGCAAGAAAACACAUUUUCUGUGAAAUUUUUGAUGAAUUUCAUAAUAAAGAACUCUGCAAAUUUCAUUAGAAUUUCAAAUGCAAUGAAACACGUUGAAAUUUUCUGUCUGAAUUGGGACAUCGCUGAGACAACAAAUGAACGACGCGUUUAGCAUGCAUUUUCCCAUUGCCAAAAAUAUAUCUGAUUGACUUUAAAUUUCAUGUUUUUAUUACAUAAAAAUGCUUAAUUUUUUCCUGUGUUAUGAUGAUCGUGCUUCACAUCUUAUUUUGGGGAAAGUUAACAUGCCACGGAAAUCGGGCCAACGUAAUAAUAUGCAAGGUUUCUUGGUAAUUACGGUGUUAUAAGUCUUUCCUUUGCAGUUGGUCUUUUUCUGGUUUACCACAAAUCCUUCAUGUUACAGAACCUGAAAAAAUGUCAAGUUCACACGACCAGUUUUAUUUGACAAAUAACCCACCAUAAUACAACAGGUAAACUUUGACCCGCACGAUACAGGAGUACCAAAAUGGCAUGAUUUUAAAUUGUAUCAAAUAUUAGAGAGGCUAUAUUGUGCAAGGCCGCUGACAUUACAAAGAUUUAACUUAAAUUACUUAGGUUUACUACGAAUCUGUCCCCAUCGAAAUUUCCUUCCAUAUCAUCGCUUUUCACAGUUUUACACAUAACUCCUCUGAACAUAUUCCCUCCCUCAUUGCUCCAAAAGAUGCAGCGAACGUUCAUCAAUGUCAAAGAGUGUUUGACAUAAAUCAAGACUUCUUGGCAGCUUCACGCUCAGGAAGGAAUACAGCAUCUCGUCAUCGUAGUUUGCGCGACCAUACACUUUAGAAUCACAUUUCUCUAGUUAUUAACUAUAGAAAUAAUUCCUGAAAGUAUAGUCUUAACUAAUUACCGGUCGACCAUGGAAUCUCAGCGACGACGGUGCUAUUUUCACGCUGAGGUCGCCAUUUCUGUUGUCUUUUCGCAAAGCCGACACACCACGAGUCGUCAAGGAAACUACUGGGGGGAGUUUAAGGAAGUGGUGGGUGGCUCUGCCGGAAAACCGGCGUCAGCUCUUCCGCCAGUGGGUGUGGCGCCGGCGCUGGCGCCUGGUCGCGGCGGCGGGCGCGGCGGCGGCCGUCACGGCCCUCCUUCUCCUCACGCACCUGGACCAGUCGCCGGUGACUGGACGCACGCGCCUGCUGGUGUUCAACAAGCAGAACUACAUGGAGCUGGCAGCCUUCACCUCAAAGGCGUACAUGGAGGAGUUUGGCGAGCUGCUGCUGCCCGAGAGCGACGCCCGUCACCAGGCGGUGGAGCGGGCGGUGCAGCACCUGGCCCGCCGCAACCAGGACCUCCCCGAAAUGGCCGACGUGGAGUGGAGCGUCCACGUGGUGCAGAGUGACAGCACCAACGCUUUUGUUCUCCCGGAUGGAAAAGUGUUCAUGUUCACCGGCAUGCUGGAAGCCGUGGCGGAUCUCCACCAGCUCACCAUCGUGCUGGGGCACGAGAUGGCUCACGCCUUACUAGGACACGCUGCGGAGCAGGCCAGCCUGUCCCACGUAGUGGACCUCCUCUCCGUGGUCCUGCUGGCCGCCAUCUGGGCCGUGUGUCCGCGUGACAGCCUGGCGCUGCUGGGUCAGUGGGCCCAGGACAAGCUCACGCAGUUGAUGUUCAACCGUCCAUACAGCAGGAAGCUGGAGGCGGAGGCGGAUGAGGUCGGCUUGCAGUUGGCGGCGAAGGCGUGUGCAGACGUGCGUGCGGGUCCGGUCUUCUGGCAGCAGAUGGAGAUCAGGGAGCAGCUGAGUGGAGAGCCGAGCCUGCCCGAGUGGCUGUCCACGCAUCCGUCGCACAAGAACCGCGUGGCACAGCUGGACCGCCUCGUGCCGCAAGCGCUGGAGUUGAGGGAGCGCUGCGUAUGUCCCGACCUGCCGCCCAGCGACCCCCGCACCGUCUUCUCCAAGAGCGUACGCGUGCUGUUGGAGGAAGCCAAGGCGGGACCGCAUCCAGGUUCUGGCAGCCCGCGCCUGCCUCAACACGGGCCCACCGGGGUGGUGGUGGCCCCCGCGGCUCUGCUCUCCCAAUCCGGACCACCUUUUUUACCCCGCCUGACCCGGGGGGACAGUAAAGCUUUGGGCGACCCUAGAGAAGAAGUUAUGGCACCAGAACGGACUCAAUGAAGAGAAGGAGAAGCCUGUGGUACUGAUAUCCACUCAGUAACUCAUACUGGACCGUAGAAACGGGGCCCGCGUUUUAGGGUUAGAAUGGAUUCAGUCCUGAGUACCAGACCCCAGCGGAAAAGCAAAUGUCCAACAUUAAAAUAUGAGCUAAAUUCUUUUGCGGGAGCCCAGUAUUAUGCAAACACAGGAAAUGGUUCCCAUUGAAAUGAAUGGAAAUGCAAUUACAGUGGCGCCUUUAAAUACUGUAAUUUCCAGACUAUAGAGCGCACCUGAUUAUAAGCCUCACCCACUACAGUUUUUAAAGGAAAAAGCGUUUUGUACAUACACAAGCUGUACCUGAUUAAAAGCUGCGUGUGCUCUCA